CGCAUUGACUUGGUUAAAUAGAACAAAUGAUCUUCACGAUUUUCAGUUGUUUUUGUAUACGUAAGCCUUGUUACACCACGGUGUUUUGAUUGGUUCAUGCGGCUAGCAUGGAGGAGAGAUCGAUCGAUACCGACGCAUAAUACACGCCGUAUACUCUCUAAUGAAUACGGCCUUCAGUGCAAGCUGCAUAAUGUACUCUAUGGCUGAGUAAGGUCGUGAAGGACGCCAGUGCUGGUUACACGGAGGAGUUGUAUCUCGGUGGGGUUUGAAGGCAAUUAAGACGGUAUCUCAGGGUUCACGAUGGAGGGUUCUGGUACAGAUCCAGUGUUAACGGAAAGGUUGAAGGGUCGUGUUACUGUCCCGCUGGUAGUGACGGCGUUUGCCGCUGUGAUCGGCGGCUCCUUUCCCCAUGGUUACAACACAGGUGUGCUCAACGCUCCCCAAGAUUUAAUUAUCCAGUUUCUUAACGACACGUAUCUAAUCCGUACUGGCAAUGAACCUGGCAAAGGCAUGCUCAACUUUGUCUGGUCGUUCACCGUGGCUAUCUACCUGGUCGGCGGCAUGUUCGGCGCCUUCAGCGCAGGCUGGUUCGCUGACAGAUUUGGGAGGAAAAAGGCCAUCAUCAUCAUGUACAUUCCCACCUUCGUAGCCGCUAUUUUGUUUGGUCUCUGCGAUGUAGCGGAAUCGUUUGAGAUGUUAAUAAUUGCUAGGUUUAUAGUCGGCUUUGGUUGCGGUGCCGGCUCUGGGCUGGUCCCCAUGUACAUGACGGAGAUUGCCCCGGUGAACAUCCGUGGCGCUAUGGGAGUGCUCCAUCAGCUGGCCCUCACCACGGGAAUCCUGGUCUCUCAGAUCUUUGGACUACGGCAGAUACUGGGUAACGAAAAUUGGCCCAUUUUAUUGGCGUUCGUUGGCGUCCCGUGUCUGAUCUCCGCAUUCAUCCUGCCGUGGUUCCCAGACAGUCCCAGGUACACGCUGAUUAAACUGAAGAAGGAAAAAGAGGCACAGGAAGGUACAUCUUCCCUUUCUAUCUGA